AUGGCAUUAUAUUAUAAUUUGGUAUUUGGUUUAUUAGUUCUUGAAAUGAUAUUCUUCGGAAUUUUAUCAUUACCUUAUCCAAGAAGAAUUAGAAGAUCAGUUUUAACUACAGUAUCAGCACCGUUUAGAAAUGAACAAUUUCAAAUUGCUUUAAAAUGUAUUUUGGGUUUUGUUGCUGUUUUAUUUAUUGAUUCAGUUAAUAGAGUUUAUGCGGUUACUUCAGAAUUACAUUCUUCAACUCAAGCUCAUCCUGGUUCUUCAGUAAUGAAUGAUAGAUCUGAAAUUCAAGCGAGAAGAUUUUAUGCUCAAAGAAAUAUGUAUUUAUGUGGUUUUACGUUAUUUUUAACUUUAAUUUUAACUAGAACUUAUUCUUUAGUUGUAGAAUUAAUUCAGACAAAAGAUAAGUUAGAUGAUUUGAAACAAAAUGAUACAAGUGCUACUGGUUCAACUUCUUCUGAAACAGAAAAAUUAAAAGCUGAAUUGGCUCAAAAAGAUGAAGAUUUAAAUAUUUUAAAAAAUCAAGCUAAAAGUUUAUCAAAUGAUUAUGAUGCUGCAACUGCAACUGCAACUUCAAAUACUAAACCAGUUGAAAUUGACACUAAUGAAACUAAGGAUGAUUCUAAAAUUCAUUCAAGUGGUAUUAAUUUAGAAAAAACUGGAGAAUCUGGAGAAUCUGUAUUAAAAGAAAGGAAAUAA